GAAUUUGCCUCUUCCCCGCUCUCUGCCGUGCAAGGAAAGCCGCCGGGGCGGGCGUGAGCGCUGGGGGAAUUGAGCCAUCCCCGACAACGAGGGGUCCACCACUUUCUACAGGGCCAGAGUGGCCAUCAACAGGGUGUUGGUGCUGCUGGAGACCCUGAGCUGGGGUCAGCGGGAAGAUGACUGAGUAUAAGCUGGUGGUGGUUGGAGCAGGUGGCGUUGGGAAGAGCGCUUUGACAAUACAGCUCAUUCAGAACCAUUUUGUUGAUGAAUAUGACCCCACGAUAGAGGAUUCCUACAGAAAGCAGGUAGUCAUUGACGGAGAGACCUGUCUGUUAGACAUCCUGGACACGGCGGGUCAAGAGGAGUACAGCGCCAUGCGAGACCAAUACAUGCGGACGGGGGAGGGCUUCCUGUGCGUCUUCGCCAUUAACAAUACGAAAUCCUUUGAAGAUAUUCACCAGUACAGAGAGCAGAUCAAGAGAGUGAAGGAUUCAGACGAUGUCCCCAUGGUGCUGGUGGGAAACAAGUGUGACCUUCCAGCCCGGACAGUGGAAACCCGGCAAGCACAGGACCUGGCCAGGAAUUACGGGAUCCCCUACAUAGAGACAUCAGCGAAAACCAGACAGGGUGUUGAAGACGCCUUCUAUACCUUAGUGCGGGAGAUCCGGCAGCACAAACUACGCAAGCUGAAUCCACCGGAUGAAAGUGGCCCAGGCUGCAUGAAUUGUAAAUGUGUGAUAUCAUGACCAAGUUGACCGGACCGUGACUUGGAGGGGUUUCCACUGUGCGGAGCAUGCGGACAGAGGUGAAACAAAAGAAGCAGCAAACUGAUUCAGGGGAGGAGUAUGGGGGAGGAGGGAGACCAGGAGAAGGAUAUCUUGAGCCCCGCACGGACUGUCUCAAACUUCAUCAAGGCCUGUGACAAGCGACUUUUUUUUCCCCCUCCCCGUCUCCUUUUGCCUCCUCCUCUCCCAGCAACUGUACAAAGCCACAGAUUGAAUCACAGUAAAUUAUUAUUUGAUG